CGGACUUUUUAAAUCUGAUUUUUUGUUGUUGUUGGUUUUUUUUUUUUCAGUUGUUUGGUUUUUUUCCUUCAUAUCCAGCGCUGAGGCACUGGCUGCACUUGCAGGGAAAGUGCACUUAGAGCAGUAUCUUCAUUCAUGAAGCUACUUUUUAAUUUGAUGUAACUUUUCUUAUAAUUUUUUGGAAAUAUGAUGUAUCUGUUGCAUAUAGUUUUCACAUUAUUUAUGAAACUUAACAACCAUAUGAGAGUGAUUUUGAGUCCUGUGCAAUGAAGGUUGUAACGGUAAAACAAAGUGGGAAUGUAGAUCUCCAUCUCCAGGGUUAUGGGGUGAUGGCCCUGCAAAUACCCCUUCAGUGAGACAACUUGCACUUCUGUGUACCUUCUCUCUCUUCUUUUAUUUCUUUUCGAUUUUAUUUUAAACCAAAGUUUCUCUUUCUGAUAUUUUUUUAGUUGCUGCUACUGCUUCUGGGCAUGUCUCUCAUGCCAGUUCAAAGCCAACUUCUCCAUGUGUGAAAGUAGUGCAGAUGAUCCUAAGGAAAGGAGAGUUGGUUCCCACCAACAGCACAAACCACUGAGCGAGCAAAGGCUUUGGAACUUCAUUCUCCAGAUCCAAAAGUACUUUUCCAAGCCUUAGGUGUGUCAUGAGGGCAUCUCAGUCCGAGCAGGGAGCUUUUCAGGAGAUCUCCAGCAGCCCAGCAAGGUGGGAGAAGGUGAAGAGGGGACAGUUCUCAUGGGACAGAGGGGGUUCAUCAGGCUGGGGCUUAGGAGUGGUGGUAAGUUUCAGGGAGCAUGGAAAGAACUGUGGUGUGCCCACCUGAUGGGGAAGGUGAAGUGGAAAACAGCUCUUCUGUGGCUUCUGGUUUAGCAAAAAGCCUCUGUUGGGCAGUGUCCUGGUCAUCUGCCCCUUGACUCAUCUCAUUGCCCCAGUUUGGGAAGUGGAAUGCUUGAGCAGAUUUGGGUAAUGGACAGCUGAGCAAAUCAUGUUGGAAGAGAGAUGUGAACAUGUGAACUCGAUGGUCUCGUUGGGCUCCCCUCCUCCUGGGAGGCAGCCAUGGAGGCCUCCGAGUCCUGUGGUCCUUCCCUUCCCUUGUUCUCCCUGAGUCUGCAAGGGAAGGGUGAAACUCCUGGAGGAGGAUCCUCAGCUGGCUGGUGACAGUUUGGGCAGUAGAAUGGCAGCAAUCUCUCCUCAGUUGCUGUUUGGUGGUUGUUUCCCUUAAUCAGCACCGUGUCCCCCACGGCCAGAAUGUUGCAUUUCCUCAGUUUGCCUGCUGUACCUCUUGUCCAGAGGAACUGAAGAAGGCAACUUGCUUCUCUUCAUUUAGUUGGAAAUAGAUUAAAACACUUUAAAUAGAUUAAAACCCCGUUGGGGUGCUGCUCCUCUCAUCUCCCUCCAUGUGGGGCUGCACUGGUGGGAGCAGAGCUGGAUGAGCUGGGGCUGUGCUGUCCAUCUCCCCUGGAUUCCUCUCUUACCUCCCUUAGGUCAGCUCAUACUUUAAACACAGCAUUCCCAUUCCCAUGGAAGUGGAGUCUGGGAUAUAAAGCCCCUUAAAAUAUUUCAGCCCCUUAAAGUAUUUCAGGCCCUUAAAAUAUUCCAGGUUCCUAAUUAGCACUGGUGCCAUGUCCAAGCCACGUGUGGGUACUUGCAGUAGUGGGGAAUGGAGCCAUCCCUGCCUGGGGAGCUUAGGGGAGGGCAGCUGCACUGGGAGGGAGGCAAUCCAAAAUUAUUUGGAUUCAUUCAAAUCAAGUAACACCACUGGGUGUUACUUAAGCAAAGUGGGGCUUUUUUUUAUACAAAGAAUCUGAGCUUUAGUGGUAAUUAUCUUCCUUUCAGAAGGGAAUUAAAAAUACAGAGAGAAAUUGUGAGCAGUUUGGUCUAGUGGAGGGUGUCCCUGCCCUAGGCAGGGGGUUGGAACUAUAUGGUCCUUGAGGUCACUUCCAACCCAAACCAUUCCAUGGUUCUGUGAUUUGGAAGUGAUGCCAGUCCCCUGAGAGCACCCUGCCUUCCUCAGCUGGGCUGGGGAGGGCGGGGCAUGGCUGGGUGGCCUGUGUCCAUCUGUCCAUCCUGCAAUUGCACUGUCCCACCCUCGGCUUCCCAACGUGACAGGGUGGGUCGGGUUGCAAGUGAUUAAAUUCUUACACUGUAGUUUACCCAAAUCCUUAUGGGAAGCAAGAAUUCAGUGUGUCCAUCUGCUCUGCUCCUUGCUCUGCUCUUUCUCUUCCUUUUUUCUGUCUUUGCUGGCAGGAGAAGUAAGGAGAGUAAAAAAAAAAAAAAAAAAAAAGGGAGGUAGCAUGCUAUGAGGAGCAAACAUGAUCUCCUAAAAUAAAACAUGGUCCCUUUUGGCAGUGAAGAUGCUGUCUCUGGGGAAAGCAGCCUGAAUUCCCAGAAGUGUGGCUUUUAAAGGCUCCUAGCUCCCAGCUCUGCAUCUGCCUGUUCCCUCCCUCCCUGAGAUUUCUGAGAAAUCAGGCGUGCAGAUUCCUCCUGAGAGCGAGCACUAAAGCCAGGAUAGCUCCACGUCUACAGGAACAUCUGGCCAAUAAAGGGAGACCUAAUGAAGCAGAACAGAUGGUGAGAGAAAAUAGCCCUGUCCCUCCUUGGGAGCAGCAGGAGCCAGGGCAGUGGGGACAUUCCCAGAGUGGCUUCAUUUCCUGAGCUGGGCUUUGCUCAUGGGUGCUUGAGAGAGAGAGAGAGCAGCAGGGUGGCAGUCCAGAAGGACAAAGCAACGUUAAAAGGAGAUGGGGGUGAGGGGUUUUUCCACUGCUUUAGUUGUUGGCAUGCAGCUGGGUGGGAGGUGGAAGCUGAGGAAGUUUUUAAGCCGUGGAUUUCAGAUGCUGGGCUGUGCCUCGCGAUUCAGUGGAGGUUGGAUUGCACAGCUCUCAGGAUGGUGUGGAGCUGCUUUGGUCUGGUGAAAGCCAUGGAUGGUGCAGUCUAGGGAGAGGAGAUGCCACACUGUGGCAUUUGUGACUUUUGGAGAUUCACUUGGAACUUGCUUCUCCAUGCUGAUUCCCUCCAGUUUUCCAUCCUGCUGCUCCUCUGGGGAUUUUGAGGGUGAGGUGUUGCAGCAUCCAGAGUUUAUUUGCUGGCUGGGGUUCCCUGUGUGGCUUUGGGACAAGUGUCACCAGAAACACCAGGUCCCUGUGCUUGGGCAGGGCAAUGCCAUGUGCCAUGGGUGUGCUCCCGACAGGACAGCAGGGCAGGAUUGGGAUCUUUGGACUCAGUAAGCAGGAGUGGUUGCUCUCCAGUGAGAACUGAUGCUGUCCCACCACAUUUUAAAAGAAAUGCAUUUGCAGCAUUCCUGGCUGCAGCCUUUUUGUAUCCAGUAAGCUCCUACCUCUCUCAUCUAGGUUUAUUCCCAAAGCCAGCUGGUGUUCAUCCUGCACCUUUCCCAACCCUGGCCCUCCUCGUUCUCUCAGUGUCUUUGAUUCUUGGAAUCUGUUUGAUUCCAAUGAAAGGGGUCAACUGGCAGCAGCUUUCAGCAUGAACAUCCUGGAAUGGGAGAGAUCUCUGGUGGAAAUCUCAGCAGAGCUGAAUCCUGCUGCUCCUACUCCCCUCAAAACGCUUGUGCUGCUCGUUCUGCCCCUGCACUGGUGCUCAGCUGCAAGGCUAGUGGGGCAGACAGGGAGGGAAAGCAGCUUCUGCUUCAGGAGACAACAAUCCCUGGGGAUUCACUUCCAACGAGCAGUGGGGACAGCGUGAAGCCUUUGCUGUGUUUUGAGCGGGGAUUUGGCCUUGUCCUGCAGGGAUGCUGCCCUGCUCUGCUCGCUGGGCUGCAGGGGCCGUGUCCCCAGCGUCAGGCCACGUGCUGGGAAGUGUCCUGGGGCUGGGACGUGGCUUGGCAAGCUGGGGACACAAAAGCCAUUUUGCUCACAUGCUGCAUCCCAGCUCCGUGUCCUCCGUCCUCUCCUCCACCCUUCUGCUUUGCACUCGCAGGGGGAAGGUGAUCUUCUGCCUUAAACUUUAUUAUUAUUUUUUUUAAUUUAAGUUUUUAUUCCAGAAGGCAAUCGGAUUGUUUUGUCUCCUUGGAAAAGAGGGGCUGGGGCUCCUGGGGGAAGAGUGGGAAAUCCCUAGGGUACCUCUGCAGCAGUCACGGCUGGGCUCAGUGGCUGUCACCUCAUCAAACCUUGCCUCCUUUUCAUUGCCCCAAUCUCAAACUCUGCACCUUGGGGCGAGUGUCCCCUGCUGCCACCGUGGGCUAAACUGCUGUGUCGCCAUCCCUGGGGGCUUCGAUCCCUGCUACAACAGCCCGGAGGAGGAGAGGGAAGGGACACGGCACGGGAAGCUCCCCGAUGCUGACACCCAGCCCUGCCUCCCGGUGGGAGCCAAAGGCUGCCCUGGCCCGGGCAAGAGGCACCGCCCCCGCCUGGCACGGUGCCCUGCGGCCUGACAGUCCCUCAAGCUCUGUAAACCAAAUUGCAAACUCUUCACUCCAGAGGAGAAAUUGGGCAUCCUGGUAGAAGUUGCCAUGACCUCUCCAUCCCGUAGGUCCUCGUGGCCAAGGGUGGGCGCUCGGGAGGGGCCCGGAGUGGAAAUGCCAAAGUUCCUCCCGGGCCCCGCUGCCGCCUUCCUCUCCCCCUCCCCCAUGUGUUGGUCUAAAUGAUCUUUCUAUGAAGCCCUGUAGAUGUCAAAAGUAAUUAUGGAGUGUGAAUAGUCCUCUGUGGGUGCUUUCUUUCUUCCCCUCUCCUUUCUCUUUUGCUAUCCCCUUCUCCACUCUUCUGUUUUGGCUCAGUGGAAAAGGUGAGGACAAAGAAUUGCCGCUUGCUUGGACUCAUGAUGUAUCUGUGACUGCGCUAUUAGCUGUCUCCUCCUCCUUCCUCCCCAAAUGGAUAUAAUUUUUGAAGUGUGGAAUUCCCUUCUUGAUAAGUAGGUUUAAAAAAAAAAUACUGCACAAUGUGAUACUGUUUCAUAGUUUCUAGGUGGUUGUAUACAGCAAAGUUACUGUGAUUGUGUUUUUUCAAAGGAAAAAGUGAUUGGUUAAGAAAUCUGUCCUUUUUUCAUUAUUACAAGCUCUUUGUUUUCCAAUGAUCUGAUGGCUCUUUUGUCCCUGGUCUGUGUGUGUGUCUUCCCAAGUCCCACCCCUGUGCUGCAUCCACCCACGGAGCAUUGGCUCCUGCUGCUCCUGCUCUCUUGGGAGCUGGGGGAUGUCGCUGGAGGUGGAGGACAUCCCUGUCCUGGGAGGAGGUGGAGGUGCCUGCAGGAGGGAGAUGUCUGCAGAGGGGUUGGUGGGGCUCACAGGAAGCAGCCCACAUUUCCCCCAGCACCAGCCCAGCUCACACCCCACAUGCCAGGGGCUGGUGCUGGAGGAAGGCUCCUGCCCAGACUGUGCUGUGCCGGCCAAACGCUUGUGGUCCUUUUGGGAGCCUUUGGUUGCCUCUCUGCAGCUGAUCCCCAGUCCAGGGUGGUGUCCUGCCAGCACAGUGCAUGACCAGGCUGAGCAGCCCAGCCCUGGGUUGUCUGGGGUCUGUGCUUUUAUUUUGCUCUUUAAAUCUCUUCGUUGCCUCUUGCAAUCAAUCUCCCUCCAGAAGAGAGCCCAGAGCCUUGAAAUCACUCUAAGCCUGUUGCUGCUCACAGCAGCCACUUCCCGGAGGUUUAAUCCCAGCCACGGCUCCCUGCUGGCAUUCCUGGCUGGUGGCAAGAGCCUGGCUGGUGGCAGGAACCCUCCUGCUGCCCUUGCCUUGGCACCUCACCCCAGCUCCAUGGGGACACCUCCCGGGCGUGUGUCACCUCCAGAGCCCAGGCAAAGGAGCCAGGAUCGCUUUCUGGAAUGGCCUGCAGGAAUCAUGGAGGGGAGCCCUCCCGCUGAGGCUCGGCGCCUGCCGCGGCCCCCCAAGCAGCACCCGCAGGGCGGCCGCAGCCCUGCCCCGCCGGAGCGCCCCGAGCCCGCCCGCGGCCCCCACGCCGUCCUGGAGGGCAAGGUGAAGGCGCUGAAGGAGAAGCGGGCCGGGCGGCCCGGGACCCCCGCGGCUGCCCCCGAGCGCCUUUCGCCCAAGAAGCCGCGGCCCCGGCGGGGGAAGGCAGAGGUGGAGCCGCGGAUUCAGCUCCGCACCUACCUGACGGACGGGCUGCUGGACGGGGGCGAGCCCGAGCCUGGCAGCGCCCCCGCAGCCCGCGGCGGCACUCCGGGGCUCUGGAGGGUCCCGGCAGCCAGGGGAGAUGUGCCGGGCGGCCCCGAGCUGCCACCGGACAAGGGCAGCAGGUCGUGGCACUGUGCCUCCCUCCAGGAGAGGCCCUCCCUGGAUGAAGAGGCCCGGAGCCCGCGGCGGGACCGGGGGCGUCCCUCCGUGCCCGCCCCCGCGGCCGAGAGCUGGGAGAGGCUCUCGCUGGCUGAGCGGGUGGAGAGGAACCGGCAGCUGCUGCAGGAGGUGCUGGGCCUUGCCGCUCCCGAGGUGCCAGCGAGCGAUGGGGACUGGGACUCGGGGGUUUCGCUGCAGGACGCUGAGGGCUGCAGGGCCUUUGUGGCCGGGCAGGAGCUGGAGCUGAGCCCGCGGCACGAGCAGGCCAAGCAGCUGCUGCAGCGCGCCCGCAUGAAGGCCCGCACGAACCCGCUGCGCGCCAGCCACGACAUCCUCCUGCUGCCCAGCGCCGUCGCGCAGCCCAGGGAGCCCGGCGGGAGGCCGAGCGUCGCCCCGCGGGACGGCGGGAGCCUGAGCGACUCGUCCAGCGGGGAGUCGAGCUGCGGGCGGCCGCGGCGGCCGCGGGGACCGUCCCCGUCCCGCGUCCGCUUCGAGGACGAGUCGGCCCGGGACGCCGAGGUGCGGUACCUGGAGCGGCUGCAGCUGCGGCACCGGCGGGCGCUGGGCUCGGCCAUCGCCUCGCCGGAGCCGGCCGGCAGCAGGCAGCCGGGGGACGGUGCCGGCCAGCCCAAAACCCGCGGUGGCGACCUCGUGGCCGGGGGCAAGUGCAGCGCCUGCGGCUCCUUCCUUGGUGCUGCCGCCGGCCGGGGCACGGACGCGCAAGCUGCCCCCGACCUGGCCAAAAGUAGCCCUGCGGCGCAAAGAAGCGUCCCAGGGGAUAGCAGAGGGCCGAGCGCUGUCCAGACAGAGCCUAAAAUCAGGCCUCUGGGCCCAGGAGGGUCCCCGCUGUGGAUCCUGCCCUCCCGGCAGCGCAUCCACACCGAGAAGAUCAAGGAGACCUACAUCGGGGAUGUCACCUAUAUCGACGAGGUGGACUCGGCCCUGGAGAGCACCGACACCUCCGACGGCUGCCGGACGGACAGCGAGGAGGCCGGACCCCGCAGCCCCCACCUGCGGGGCCACCGGGACCCCCGCACUCGCGGGCACAGAACUCCCCGCGCUGCCCCGCAGCCUGAGCCGAGGGCCAGGAAGGGGACGUGUGCGGCCAGCGGCGGUCCCGAGGACGGGGACUCGGGUCCGGGGCCUGCUUGCCCCCCACCACCGGAAAGAACCAGCAGCCGGGAAGAUGGGGAACCCCAUCGACAUCCGGGGGGCAGCAGCAAGGGAGUGGGGAACACAGCUCGCCCCCCGCAGCAGCCCAGUGAGCCCCUGGAGCCUUCCUCGCAGCUGAGGACCAGCACCCCCAUCCCAGGCACCCACGUCCCUGCACCCCCUCCUACCAAGAAGGCCUGCGCCCAGGUGCCUUGCAGGAAAGCGCUGUACUCCAACAGCAGCCGCCAGGCGCCGAGCCAAGGAGUCCGGGGCCCGGAGCCGGAUGCUGGCAGCGCAGCCCCACCGCAGCCCCGGGGCACGGCGGGGCCGGCCGAGCGGCGGAGUCCCUGCAGCCCCCGGUGGCUUCCGGGGAGCCCACUCCGUGCCUUGUCCACCAACAAUUGCAACAACACCCACAGGCAGGACGCCCCGGGGGCGGGCAGAGGUGAGACGCACACAUGGGGUGCUGGGGUAUCCCCAAUGAAACAGGCGUGUGACUGUGUCUCUGUGGUUGCAGGGACACUGUCACAGCCCGCUGGCAGCCCUGUCACCUCCGUGCCCCCGGAGGCUGCUCAUCCUGCAGGGGAAGGUGCUGGGAUAUCGAAGGCGCAGCCACAGCAGCACCCGGCCGGGAGUGCUGCAGACGGGGAGCCGGGGCGGCCAGUGAGCCGCAAGGGCAGCAGCGCUUCGGCGUCGGGGCUGAAGAAGCUCCUGUGCAGCCUGAGCCAGAGCACCAAGCAGCGCCUGGGCCGCUUCCGCUGCUACAGCAUGGAGCAGCUCCCGGCCCCUGGCGGCUCCCCGCAGGGCAGCCCCGGCGUCAAGAAGUCACCGUCCCUGCAGUCCCUGCAGCUGGUGUCACCCUUCUGCCAGCCCCAAAAAGCUGCCUCUAUCCAGAGCCUGCAUCCCCAGCUGGGGAAGGCACCUCGUGCCAGUGCCUACCUCCUGCCCCAGACCACGGCUGACAGGAAGGGGGGCUCAGGGCCGCAGCGCUCGCUGAGCGUGGAGGACAUCGGGGCGCCCGGCCAGCUGCGCGCGGUGGGGCGCGUGGUCCAGGUGUUCCCUGAUGGCACCAGCCAGCUGGAGCUGCAGCGACCCCCCCACGGCGCCUUCGGCUUCUCCGUCACCUCCGGACACGGCCGGCCCGACACAGGCAUCUACGUGCAGGAGAUGGCGGAUGCUGGCACGGCCAAGCUCUACGCGGGGCUCCUGGGCGUGGGGGACGAGAUCCUGCAGGUGAACGGCGUGGCUGUCUCGGGGCUGGGGCUGGCCCAGCUCCGGCAGCUGCUGCUGCGGGCUGACAGCCUGUCCCUGCGCGUGCUGCGGCACCGCCCCGCGCCACGCUAGACCCGGCAUGGCUCCUGCCAGAGGAGGAGGAUGUCCCAGUGAUGGGAGAAGGACGAUGUCCCACUCACGUCCCAGGAUGCUGCAGAAUGGCAUGGCAUGGAACAAGCUGCCUCGCAGUGCCAUGACCUGCCUGGCUCCACUGCAGUGGCUUUCCUUGUCCCCAUGGGAGAGAGUGUGGGACCAAGGACCUCCCAGAGUCUCCAGGAGCUGCCCAGGUGUGAGGGACAGGGGACAGCCUGGCCCCAACAGAGCUGGGUGAGUCUGUCCUGCUGGGCACUAGGGUGACCAGCAUGGGGACACCCCAUCUCUGUGACCCUGGGAGACAGAGGGCUUCCUGCCAGCACUGCCACCUUGUGCUGGACGGCUGGUGAGGUUUUUUAAAAUUAUUUCAAACUGAAACCCAAAAAUACAUCUCUGCAAUAACUAAACAGUGCCCUUGGCUUGUGGCAUGGAGGAGCUGGGGUGGUGCUUGUUUUCCCAUGGACCUGCUGCUCCACCAGUCACCUCCUGACCAUGCUGGGGUGCUGGGGGGCCCUGGGCAGGUAGGUGGGGGGCUCAGCCACCUGCAGGGCUCCUUGGAGAUUUUGAGGGGUUCUUUUUUCCAGCCAUGGAAGGCAAAACACAUCCUUGGAGUGUCUCCAGCAGCAAUGGCUGCUCUCUGCACGGUGGUGCUCCACAUCUGGGUACAGCUGUCUGCAGCAUUCCCACAUCUGGGCACAGCUGCCCACAAUGCUGAGGUGACCCCAGAAACUGCAGAUGCUGUUUAUGCCUCAAAAACCAGGAUGGUG